UGACUCAAAAGGGAAUUGAAGGUGCGUGGGGGACAACAAUUUUGUGUUUUCAGCAGGAUGAAGAUUUUCCACAGUCGACUCUCGCAUUGCUAGGUAAGGGUUCAUCUUUGCGUUCAUCAAAUCACAAUAUACACCUUUAGUAUCUUUGUUAAAGUCUCUCUCUCUCUCUCUGAUCUAAUUAAUGUAUAUUAUCAAUGUCGUUGGGCGUAUCUGCUAGUUAUAAUGAUUCCUACUAAAUCUAAGUGGCUGGUUAUAAGUAGCAAAUUACUGAGGAGUCUCCAAAGACCCUUUCCAAAUUAUAUGAUGGUUACGUCACCGUAUGUAAUUUGUGCACAAUUCAUAACGCUAACUACACAAAAAGAAAAAUGCAAUCUUCGUAAAUGGCAGCUCCAAUAUCCAUCAAGCAUCGCUCUGUUCUUUGUUAUCGAAUAUACAGUACUCGCUACCCACAUUGAUGUUGCUUACAUUAUAUUUUUUUAACCUCAAUGGUUUCAUAAUAGGAGUUAACGUUAUUAGAGCAAGACCGUAAAAAUCCGUUGAUUAUCUUAGAUAGGACAGGUACCAGGAAUGGAGGAGGGCCCCAUCACAGCUGCCGAGACUAACGUAAGGGGCCCCGCUAUCAGUGUUCCUAGCGUUUAAAUUAUCCCUCAGUAACCUUAUCUACAUGGCACUGUUUAAAUAUGGACAGUUGAGCCUUCGGCAAUUUACAGCUCUUGGAGUAUCCCUUAUGGUGCUGGGACUGUUUCUGACGUCUUUUGCCGAUAGCCCCCAAUUUGUGGCUGUAUCUUUUGGUAUUCUUUCGGGAAGUGGCAUUGGAGUUUUAACAGUUUGCACGUAUAUAGUGAUAGCACUUUGGUUUCCAUGGUCUCACCGGUUUCAUGUUUUCUCAACGAGUGUGUUGUCUGCAAUGGAUCCCCUUGGUAUAACAGUAGUAAAUGCUGUCGUUGCUAACAUGUGCGCCGACCCCUCACUAGGAUGGCGCUGGGCAUUUCGACUUUUUGCUGCCGUUUUUAGCUCUAUGGGUUCACUUCUUCUUGCGGUAUUCGGCAAUCCCCCAAUAGUGUCGUCCGAACAGCAAGAAGCUAUGCCAAAUGAAAAGUCACCGAAUAUUCAGAAACCGCCAUGGUCUGUGCGUUCUAAAGUCGUUACUCAUGGAAUUUGGUCAAUAGCAAUGUGCUGUAAAGGAAUUGCUUAUUUCAUACCAAUGGUUAUAUUACCAAAACAUUUGAUAGACCUUGGUUAUAAGGAAGCCGACGCAGUGAAAGUUAUAUCAGUAUUUGGGACCGUAGGUGCGAUUGGACAGGCGUUUGCCUCAUUGGUUGGGGAUUAUGUGAAGGGAUAUAUUAUGGUGGUGAACCUUGUGGCGGCUACGGUGCUCACUGUGAAUAAUAUUAUAGCAGCAUAUUCGACAUCUUUGACUGCUGUUUAUGUAUAUUGUGCUGUCUCGGGGUUUUUUCUUGGCCCAUACCUUGCCGGGUAUUAUGCUGUCAACAAUGAAAUCAUGGACGGAGAGAAUAUCUAUACGUUAUUCUUGACAAUGCGUUUGAGCAAAGGAGUCGGAGCUACCGUGGGACCCUACUUGGCAGGACAUAUCCGUGACGUCACAGGAAGCUACCACGCAGUGUUCCUGUCCAUUGCGUCAUGUUUUGGCGUGUUCGUUUUGGCAACGUUUUUGCUCAUAUUCAACAAGAAGUGGAGAUAUUUGAAGUCAUGAUUGAUGAACGGCAGCAGCAAUGAAUGUGACUAAAAUGUUGGACUUGAAAACAGAAACUGCAUCUAUGAAUUACAAGUCUUAUUCAAAUAAACCUUUAAAUUGAUUUUUACUUUGACAUUUUGUGCGUCUACGCACAAGAUCUCGAAUUUCACCACACACGCACAUAUAACCUACAUGUAUGUAUGUAGUUUCAUGCAUUAUCAUCCCGUGUCUUUGCCACAUUUACUAUUAACGCCACUGCACACUACAUACAGUGGGAAGGAGUCAAUCGCUCAGAAAAAUGAUAGCUUAUUUUAUGUCACAAAACGUGUGUCAGGGGUACAGGAAUAAAGAAAUAAUACGCUGGU